AUGGAUCAAGUCCAGCAAUUUACUGAACCGUGUAAACAAUUUCUCAAAGAUUCCUAUCGUCUUGUUAAAAAAUGUACAAAACCGGAUCGAAAAGAAUUCCAAAAGAUUGCAAUGGCAACAGCAAUUGGAUUUGCUAUUAUGGGAUUUAUUGGCUUUUUUGUUAAAUUAAUUCAUAUACCAAUCAAUAACAUUAUUGUGUAA